UAUGUUUCAAAAUAGAGGAAGAACCAACAAAGUAAGGUAAUAGUAAGUACAAUUUGUUCACAAUAGAGGAAGAAUAAUAGGAUUCAUCUUUUACUUGAAUUAUAUAUAUAUUAUUAUUAUUAUAUAAAAAUAUACAGAUAUGAAAUGUUAGAUGAUUGAAAUUGAAAAUGAUGACACUUUACUUGAAAAUCAAGAUGGCUCUAUUAUACAGCGUACCAAUUGCUGCUUACAACACUAGUCGAACCAUAUUCUAAUGAUGCCCAAAUACAUAUUACUUAAAGAAAUGUUGAAAGAGAAGAUGAAGAUUCCCAGGCUGACUCUAUGGAUGAACAAAUUGGAUAGGCCAUUCCUUCUCUUGUUAAUUCAAUCCUUGAAAUGAUGCUCAAAUAGUAACUUACUAUUCUCAUUAUUGUAAUCCUCCAUGCCAUUUUAAAUACUAUGUUUACAUUCUUGGGUAUCUGUUUUAGAUAAGAUACAAUCAAUAAAUUAUAAGCAUUAUUAGAAUCUUAAGAACGUGCAGAGUAAUUAUAUUGGUUUCUGACUAUUAUU